CAGAGAACUUCAAAUUAGAAAUGACUCUAAAAUAUAAAAUUCUAAUCUAAACUACAUUACAAUACUCGGACAGAGUUUUAAUAUGUAAAUUUGAAGAAUUCAACCAUGAUGUCUAGCAGAAUGACCACACUCCUACUUUUGUAUAUUGCUAUAAAAGCAGUGGUCUCAAAUGAAAUAUUCAAAAUGAACCAGCUCAGUGAUCCAUCAGAUGAUAUUAAAUAUCGCGACAAUCCAACUCAGAAAACAACUAGUGAAGAACAUGCCAUGUCAAAUGAGCCAAAAUUCUGCACAUACAAAUACAGUAGAAAAAUAUAUAUGAUCUGUGAAUGCAAGGCAAAAUCAAAAAGUGACCAAAUUUCACUAGCAGAAAUUGUGAAAAUCAUGGAUAAAAAGUAUUUGUCUUGUUAUUCAUUAAGAUUUGAAAACUUUAUGUUUCAUGUUUUGAAAAACAUGUCAUUUAAUGCAUUUAAGAAUCUAACACAGGUCCACAUAAAAAACUGUGGAAUCAGGAAGAUUGAAAAAAGUGCUUUUAAAAGUAACAGUUUGUUUUCUGGAAGGAACAUUCAAAUAACAAUUGAGCUGAAUCCUAUUGGAAACAUUGAACCUGGAACUUUUGAUGUUGGAAAAUCAUUGAGACUUCUGGCAUUUCGUAAAAAUUUAAACUUGGGAGCAGAAAAUAUCUUGAAAGUUUUUAAUGACCUACAAAAUAAAACAGUCUGGAAUUUGGAAAUAGCAACAUGUAGAGUGUUUCUCCAAGAACUGAAUAAAUCCUUCUUUGAAUCAUUACGUUAUUCCAAGAUAAGAAGUUUAAAGAUUGAGGGAAAUGCAUUUGGAAGCAUAGCAUCUGAUGCAUUUGAACCAUUGGGAGUAUUUCUUAAUAACUUACGAUUGAGGAACUUUAUGGAUGUAAAAGAAGACACAUUUGAUGUGUUUCAUCAACUGAGAACACUGGAAAUUGGUGGGGUAAUCAUCACCACAAGUGCAUACACACCAAACUUACAUUUACAUAAAACAUCAGGAUUGAAUCGUCUAUUCAUCGAUAUGCACAAUUUGAGAUUAUCACUGAACAUUUCUGGUUUGAAAAGCUUACGACAAUUGCAUUUAACAAAUGCUAUGUCUUAUAUGUAUGAAGGCUUAUACAUGGAUAAUGUAAUUAAGCUAAUGAACACUGCAAAAUCAUUGAAGCAAAUAGACCUAUCUGGAAAUGCAUUAUACCAAUAUACAGAAAAAGAUCUUUGUCAGAUGUUUGAGAAUCGUACUACUCUAAAUAUCCUUAUCCUAAAAUACAACAAUUUCAUCCACCUUCCUCAUUGCAUGUUUAAAGCAAUGUAUAAGUUAAGGAUUGGAUCUGUCAACAAAUUCAAUAACAUUUAUUGACUCAAGCAAUGUGGAAAUAAUG